UGUCGGCACGUUGAUGUUAUUGUUUGCAUUGCUAAUAUAGGUCUGUAACGCUUUAGCUAAUAUCGAGACGAGUUAUAAAUAAAGAAUACAAAAUGUCAGCAUUACAAAAGACUAUUAUGAAAAAUAAACUGCCACCAAAGGUGCCAAGAACGUCGGGUUCAAAGCUAGCGCCCUUCAGCGGGGGACGACGCAAAGAUUACACACCGGUUUCUUGGAGAAACUACUUUGAGAAAUUUCUUGACUUAGAGACGGAAGGAGGCAUCUUCAGAGUCUAUCUGUCGCCAGAGCCCGACAUUCCUCAGCGCCCGAGGAUCGUGACGUUGCACGGAGGAGGCUACUCAGCUUUAAGCUGGGCGUUAUUUACAGAAGAAAUAACCAACAUGAUACACUGUCAAGUGGUCUCCUUGGAUGUGCGAGCUCACGGAGAGACUCAAGCUAAGGACCCAGAUGAUCUGAAUAUAGACACUUUAGUCAAAGAUGUGGAACAAGUCCUUCAUAAGUUGUACGGACAGGAGAUGCCUCCAAUAAUUCUAUUGGGUCACUCAAUGGGUGGUGCUAUAGCUGUGCGUGCGGCCCAUGUCCCAUCUCUGGAGCCUUUUGUGCAAGGAGUGGCAGUUAUUGAUGUGGUGGAGGGCACAGCAAUGGAAGCUCUCGCCAGCAUGCAAAGCUUCCUACGCAGUCGGCCAACUCAUUUCAAAAGUAUAGAGCAUGCUAUAGAGUGGUGUGUGAGAAGUGGUCAAGUGCGAAAUGUUGCUUCAGCCAGAGUGUCCAUGCCCAGUCAAAUCAUUAAUUGCUCGACGGGCCAGCUGGCCACGAAUGAGGUGGAGGACUACCAGAGCGAGCUCACUCCCACGGAGCCGCUCGCCCCCGCGCCGCGCGGCGACGUCAUCGCCGAGGAGGGCGAGGAGGGGGAGGCCGAGGGCGAGGGCGAGGGGGACGUCGCGCACUUCGUCAAGCCGCUCGACGAGGACAGGGGGAUGAAGUACGGCUGGCGGGUGCGGCUGGCGGAGUCGGAGCGCCACUGGGCGGGCUGGUUCCGCGGGCUGUCGGCCGCCUUCCUGUCCGCGCGGGCGCCGCGCCUGCUGCUGCUCGCCUCGCUCGACGGGCUCGACCGCGACCUCACCGUCGGCCAGAUGCAGGGGCGCUUCCAGAUGCAAGUGCUGACGCGCUGCGGACACGCCGUGCACGAGGACUCGCCCGCAGAGGUGGCGCGCGUGCUGGCGGCGUUCGCGCUGCGGCACCGCCUCACCGAGAGCACGCACUGGGACGAGCACUUCCUGUAACCGCACCCCCACCCCCCCUCGAACGGCGACUGAUGGACGUGGCAAGAUAUAAUACUCUCUUCGAACCCCUUUUUUAGUCCGAUAGGUUCUUUUGUAACACUUUAUUUAAGCGAAACUGUCCUGCAUUCCGAUGGCGGGAGGCGUGCGGAUUGACUAACUAAUCUUAAAUUACCACGUUCCUUGCGACAUAAAGCAAUAGCUCUGUUGUGUUAGUUACUUACGGUUCUUGAUUAAAAUACAUAUAUUCAUUUACUACGCAACACGCCAGUAUUCGCCAAUAUAUAUAUAUAUAUGUGUAUAACUAUAUGUAUAAAAUCGAUAAUCCAUAUUAAUAUUACAAAUGAUUUUGAUCUCGACCAGUGAUGUCAAUUUAUCUAUACGCCUGCCAUGGGGACCGCCCGCGUAUAAAACGUUCUCUUAUUAAUUAUUUAUACUAAUUCAACUUCAAAGUUGUUCGAUGAUAAUUUUUCCACUGAAAUUAGUCCACAUUUCAGAUCCCCGUAUCAAUGUUAUAAUCGACCUAACGUCGUCCGGUCUACUUUAGUUAAUGUGUAUGUAUUCGGGAUCGCCUUCGGUCUCGCUAAACGUCGUCGUAAUGUAAAUUUAAGUGACACCAUCGAAACUAAACUUAAGGAAGGACUACAUGACGCCUGAGGCGAGGAAACUUGGUUGUGUAGAUUUGAUUCCAUGUUAAUGUAAUUAUUUUCUUUAUGUACACCUAUAAUAUAAUAUCGAAUGUCGUAUUAUUAAUUAAAGUAAUAAUUUGUUAAAUGUUAUAGACGGAGUGAAAUUUAUUCUAUUCUAAGAGGGGGCGGCCAGCCGAUACGUAAGCGAGCUUCCGGGCGGGGGGUAUACUUUUACUUUUAAGAUUUAGAUUAUUUAUUUAGAAAUAAUUGUUUUUUUACUGUUUCCUGAUUUAUUUUCUUGUAACGAUAUGAAUUUGGUGAAAACGAUUGAAAUUUGGAAUAAGGUGAAAACGUUUUUCUUAAUUUCCUUUAAGCGAUGGAGGCGGUCGGAGAUUGUAAAACCCAAUAACGUUGCUUACGUAAAACUCGAGUACGCCUCCUCCGCUAUUUGCUCGUAAGUACGUAUCGUGUAGAAUAGGAAACGUUCGUGUGUAUAUUUAGAUCACUUCACUAUUUAAAUUCAUUAUUCAAGGAGACGGACGACAUCCGGAAGUGUGUAUGAAGUGGUUAAUCGAAAGUUCAAAGAAAUCAUAUUCCGACACGUGUCGCCACUUGUCGGCGCUCAGAGUUUAUUAUAUCAUACGCGUGCUUACGUGGGACUCAAGUCAUUAAGCAAAAACUUAUAUAAACUAUUUAUCAACGUUCUAAGGUUAAAAUUAAAAAUGGAAAUACACACACUCACGCACGUGCGUGUGUGCGUGCGUGCGUGCGUGCGUGCGUGCGUGCGCGGUUGUACGAUUUCAAAAGUAAAAGCUAUCGAUUUUCAAUAUUUUUUAUAUCUUCAUCUCGAAAUUUUAUAAACUUAAAAACAAAUUUAAUGUUUUAUGAAAGAUUUUAUAUACAUUAUAAAUAUGAAGUGUCGACUUCUAAAUUAAGUGUCGUGUUCAAAGUCGGCGGUGGGCGCGGUCGAAACCUUCCAGUGACGGUUAAACUGCCGACUUGUCUGUAGCCGAGCUUUCAUUGGUGUAUCGUUAUUGCAUUACAUGACUAAGCCAUUUGCUGUCAUAUUUAAUCGCACACAAGGCAGAGAUAGCUAUCUCAUUAAUCAUCUAGAUAGAUAAUUUGUGUACAGUAUAAUCGGCUCGACUCGCCCUUGUAAUCUUGUAAAGAUAAUCCGUAGUCGGAUCUCGCGUUACAACCAAUACAACAAUUAGCACGCAGUCGUAGAUCUUAAACACUCAAUAGUUAUAAACGCUCGCAGCGUUUUCUGUGAUUAGAAAAACACGUUUUGUUUUACGUUUUCCGUCCACUUUGUUUAAUAAUUACACUUACACUUAAAAUAAUUGAUUUAAGCGGAAGUAAUAACGUACUCUUAAGUUUAUUUUUGUAAAUUCAACAAUGAUUAGUUUAAAAUGUUUCUUGCGAUUAUUAUAAAACAUUGAGUAGAAGCACAUGUACAUGUAUUCCCCGCGCCGAGCGUCACAUGUCGUGGGAUGACGUCACUCGCGAGGAGUGCUGACUGCUGACUGUAUCUCUGUAGUCGUUAGAGUCGAUUGUAUCCUUCAAAUGUUGUUACUAUAAUGUAUGAAAUGUUUGUUUGUUUAUUAAGAUCUUAUCAAUAAAAAUCUAUGAAGAA